AUGGAAGGUUUUUCGUCCAUACUUGGACCAGUUUGUGAUCAUUUUCAUCGACGGUAUCCUCAUAUCUAUUCGAGAUCGGAGGCCGAGCAUGAGCAGCAUCUUCGUCUGGCAUUGCAAACUUUGCAAGAGCACCAGUUGUAUGCUAAAUUCUGCAAGUAUGAAUUUUGGCUUUCAGAUGUUAGAUUUUUAGGUUAUGUCAUUAGUAAGGAGGGCAUUGCAGUUGAUCCAACCAAAGUGGAAGCAGUUCUUGAUUGGGAGCCGCUGAAGACCGAUACAGAGAUUCAUAGCUUUUUAGGUCUGGCCGGCUAUUAUAGGGAGUUUAUUCAGGACUUUUUAAAGAUUUCCACCUCGCUGACACGCCUUACGAAGAAGGAUGUUCAGUUUGUUUAG